GGUUACAUGCCUCCCCCCUCCGGCAGCAACGUACAUCUGGCAGAGAAAAUGAAGUCAUGAGCACCAUAACCUAAAACUAAGAAGGAAGUACAAUAAGGAAGAGAGAUGAACCGGAGGAGGAACUAAUUGUCCAAUACUAAGUAUUCAGUAGUCAACAGACAGAAUAUUUUUAACACAGUCAGCCCUAAAUAUUAUGGUUUAAUAUGAAUGAUUUAACAGAAAAAUCGCUCUCAGCCGCGACAACAAACAAUGAAAAUGCAGUACUGAAAGUGUCGCUGGGAUGGAAGUGUUGAGAAACAGCCAGUCAGCUGGUGGCAGAGGGGCUGUACGGAGUUUCUAACAAGUCUAAAGGAAACAACGCUGCUGUUGACACAAAUCUCGAGACACCAUCGAGUGAGCAGCUGUGACGUUCUGAGCUUCAGAUAUCUUUUUUGGUGGCAAAAUGGAUUUUUAUGAUUACUAUCAUGGGGAAUUUAACUACAGUGAAAAUUACACGUACGAGGAGACCGUUUAUAAGCACAACCCGACGUGUUUGAACGAGGUUCUGUGUGCGACUUUAGUUGUGGUCAGCGUGGUCAUUCUUCUGCUGGGCUUCUGUGGAAACGCUCUGGUCAUCUGGAUUUCUGGCUUCAAGAUGAAGAAGACGGUCAACACCACCUGGUACAUGAGCCUCGCCGUCUCUGACCUCGUCUUCUGCGCCUUCCUCCCGUUCAACGUCGCCAACAUGGCGAUGGAGGAGUGGAUCUUCGGCCACUUCAUGUGCAAGUUCGCCUCCUCCAUCAUGUUCCUCAACAUGUUCAGCAGCAUCUUCCUCCUGGUCGUCAUCAGCGUCGACCGCUGCGUCUCCGUCCUGUUUCCGGUCUGGGCUCAGAACCAUCGCACUGUGAAGAUGGCGUCCGUUGUUGUGUUCAUCUGCUGGCUCCUCGCCAUCGCGAUGAGCUUUUUCUCCGCCAUCUUCCGCGAGGUUCACACCCACAUGGGGAGAACCUCGUGCUACAACAACUACAUGCUACACCAACACGGUCACAAGAUUGUGGCCGUGAGCCGCUUCCUCGCCGGGUUCGUUGUCCCCUUCGUCGUCAUCGUCGUCUGCUACUCGAUCAUCGUUCUCAAACUGCGAACCAACCGGGUGAUCAAAUCCUCCAAACCCUUCAGAGUCAUGUCCGCGCUCGUCGCUGCUUUUUUCUUCUGCUGGCUGCCCUACCACGUCUUCAUCUUCCUCGAGCUCAACCACCAAAACUACGACCGCGACGUUUUGACCGCCGGACUCCAAUUGGCCGUCUGCGUGGCUGCAGCGAACAGCGUCCUCAACCCAGUGUUGUAUGUUUUCAUGGGCAAUGACUUCAAGCAGAAGUUCAAGAGCUCCUUGCUCUCAAAGAUGGAGAACGCAAUGGGAGAGGAAGGCCGCACCACCAGCCGAUACCUGUCCAGGUCCAGCUCCAUGGACGGCCGAGCUUCCACGCACAUCUAGACCCAAACUGUUUUCGCUCAUUAGAAAUACGGUUUUCCGAAAUGUAAAUUAGCCCACAAGAUAUGAAGUAUAGAUCCUCUGUGCUAAUGGGCGUUUUUGUUGCACUUUUCUUCUGUUGGCAGCAAUCGAGAAAGCAGUUGCCAAUCGAGGCUCACAGUACGUUAUGCAGUGGAAUGAUCUGCGAGCUUGAGCCAACAUCUAAAUAUGUGUUUUACUCAUUGUGCUUUGCAUGGGUGACAUUAAUCCCUUGCAGCAGAAGGAAGGUUUGCAGAGCGUAUUUUUGGAGAGUUAUGCAGCCAGUUUCAAUUGCAGCACGAAGAGGAAUCUGUAAAAUAUCAGGGAUCAUUUCUUAUAAGUGUAUCAUCAUUAUAUAAAGCGUGGUCUGAAAUUGUGUUAUGCUAAAAGGAGCAUUCAGUGUGAUCCGGAACAAUUUUCAUGUAUUUUUUUCCAUCACGAAUUGUAGCACUAGAUCGACAGUAGUAGAUAACAUCUGUGAGUCUGGUCUGCUCGUACAUUGUUUUUUACAGCAUAGAUUUUGAUGGAACCUAAAAAGUGUGUGCAAAUUUGGUGAAAGGGGCUACAGUCUUUUUGCAGGAAAUCUUUGCUGAUCUGUAGAAUUCAUCAACAAAAAUGGUCCUAUCGAACGCAAAGAGAGAACUCUCACCGAAGGAAGAGAACAGAUUUCUGUUUUUUCUUUUUGUGCUCCUAAAACUUCAACUGUCCACAAAAGGGGUGUUUCAAAGUUUAUCUUUCUGUUGAUGCAAUGUUUUUGUGUUCUGGCAUUACCAAAUGUUGGGUCAGACUGAACCAGAUCCAGUGUAGAAAUGCUGUUGAGAUAUGUGAUAUAGAUGUAGUUUGUUCUCCAGAAUCUUUAAACUACACACCCAGCUUCUAUUAGCAGGGGACAAAAACUGCAUGUGGAAUGGAAUUUGUAUUUGUGUGUGAGAGCUGUUCAGUGAUUGAUUUGUGCAAUAAACAUAUGUAGUUUUCAAUAAAGCUGUAAAUAUAAACUAUA